UAUUAGAAGCCUGCCUUUGUAGAUUAGAGCUUAAAGCUGUUAAGUUUUUGUAAAUGUACUAGUAUAAGUACACUUGAUACUAAAUCUACGGAUUUGACUUCAACGAAAAGUGGCAUCACUGGUUUCCGGUUUCCGAAGUUUCUGAAGUUGAAUGUAAAUGAAUAACAGCAUCCAUUUAUAGAAUUUUUUAUAGUAGUCCUAACGGAAAACUAUGGAAAGUGAUAUGUACUCAAAACCAUGUAUUGAAAAUUGCGACAGUGCGGAAGUUGAAGCAACUGGUAAUUGCGAUGGAUCGGUUGUUUCCGGUUUGAAGGAGGAAGAAAAGAUAUCAAUGAAACGCCCAUUCAGUGCUAGUUUGGACGACAAUUGUUCGCCCGAAGUGGAACCACAAAAGAAAUUAUGCCGGUACUACUAUUUAGACAAAUGCACCAAAGAACAAAACUGUAAAUACAUGCAUUCAGAGUUUCCUUGCAAGUAUUACUAUUUUGGUCUUGAAUGUCACGAUGGAGCUAGUUGUAAACUUCGACACGGAUCAGCCCUCGAAAAGAGCAUGCAAGAUGCUUUAUGGGAACACGUGACGACAGCUCCAGCAAAUAUGUUGCAGAGAUUCCCUUGCUUUCCACAUGUUUUGUUGAAGAAAAAUUUCGAGGAACGUAACGAUGAAUUACUUCAAAUGGAACAGGAAGGUCUCAUCAAUGCUGAAGGAAAAGUAACGACAGUUACUAAUGAAUUUAACGAUAACCUAUCAACCACUUUAUUAUGUGAGGCAAUAAAAACAUUCAACAAUUCUUGUAGAAAAGAGGAAGCGUUUGAGCAGUUGAGUGAUUUGAAGGAACACCUCACUCAAAGUCAAAUUGUUUCAUUGAUCAAUUUUGGUGUAAGAACAAAAGAAGAUUUGUUUAUGCUUGGUACCAGCUCAUUGUUCAAACUCGGCUUCGAAGACGAAACAAUAAUACACAUUGGCAAUAUGAAAGCAGCUCAUCGGAGAGAGUCUAUUUAUACUGGAAGUGAUCAAAAUGGCAAUGAGAACAAUAGCUUGAAAGAGAACGCUGAUGUAUUAGGAUUAGAGAUGCCCGAAAAGGAAAUAUGCACUCCCACCAAUCAACAAGCAUUGACUGAUCAAGAGCUAUUGAAUAUAUUGAAUGAUGAAUUGAACGUUUCAAAUGCUUCGACUGUUACCCAAACUGAUUCAUGGGACAAUACUAUCGGUUCCAUAUCAAUCUGUAAUUCCAAUAAUAGCAGUAGUUUACUUUCAUUCACUAAUGAUAUUGAAGAUAGGAGUCCUAAGGAAACUAUCGCUAAAACAGACAACGUUUGUAUUGGUAAUUUUCUAAAUCUGGGAUGCAGUCUAAGUCAGUUGGAAGUACUGGAAAAGGAUCAUGGCAUACAUUUGGCAGCAUCCUUAUCUCAGAUGAAUUCCAUAGAUCUAGAGUCGCCGUCUUCCAGGCUUAGUCAGGGUGACAGCGUUACCGGGAUAAAUGCUUUCAAAAGUGAAUCAAGUCAUGCUCAAUUGAUGUUUAAUUCUGUCCAAAAAAAUAGUGUAGAACAGAAAUCUGUUGAACGAACAGUCGAGCAGACACAAAAGCUUAACUCACUGCUCACGGAAUCAAAUAUUGAAUGGACAAGUCAGGACAGCGAUAUAUCAUUCGAUCAUUUGAAACAGGAUUCAUCGACAACUGAUUCGGCUAAUCAAUCUUACGGCAGCGAUAGCGACAGUCAAUCGGUUUUCAGGAUGCCGUUCAAGUCCAUCAUUGAUAGAUACACUCCAGCAAAAGAAAUCAAUGCAUUCAACGGAAAGUUUUCUACAAUCUACAAAUUGAUCCCCAUCGAUAUUCCAAUGCCAAAUUUCGAUCGCGUUCGUCAAUCUUUUGUGAUCAAACCCACGUACAGUUUGGAUCCACGUAUACAACUAAUGUUCAACAUUGGUUCGACUGAGUUAAGGAGCUUAAAUCAUGGUAAUCCAAAUGCGAGAGACCCACGGUUGCACAAACAGGUGCCUUCGCCGGUUUUUAAUGCAGAAAUAUCAACCUAAAAAUAAGAUUUUGCAGUUUUUACGUUUUCGACAUUUAAUUUUAUAUCAGAUUAUUUGACCCAGAGUUACGAUAAAUGCGGUCGUAAGAGAGAAUGUUACUGUUCAUAUUUAUAAGAUUUUUCAGCUCUUUCAAUAUGACUUUUUUUAUUUAAUGCAAUAAUACGAUUGAACUGUUAUUUGUUUAAGGUGAAAAACAAGUCAGAGUUAUAACAAGCGUUAUAUUAAUAUUUUACGAUACAGAAACUGUGCAAUGCAAACAUAUGACAAUAGUAACCAAAAGCAAUAAUUUUUUUUUUCUUGGAUAAUAGUUUUAGACAUUUGUUUAUUUCCUUUCCAGAUGUCUAUUCGUUGCGGUCAUAGAAAAAAAUCAAAUAGAGAGAAGAUUGGGAUUCAUAGAAGUCACUUCCAAUCAAAACAGUAGAUUAAGAAUUGGAACACAUAAUUAAAUCCUAUUUAACAAGCAAGCCAUUUUUUUGUUUCGAUUAUAGAGGUUUUAACCUUAAGGUCAUUCGUUUCUUCAGGCCUGAAAAACUUUCUGACCCUAUGUGCGGGGUUGGGGAAUCGAAUUUAGAUGGGUUGCAUGAAAG